AUGAGCGGCAUCUACCACUCCUACUUCGAUACCGUCUCCACAACCCGCAAAUCUCCCACUAAGCGAUCGAACUCCGCGAAGAAGCAACAGGAGCCGCCCAAAAAGCUCUCGAAGGCUUUCACUCGACAACUCGAAAAGACACUUUCUACAACGCAAUCGACGAAGAAGCGGAAAGGCGGUGUCAAGAAGCAGACUUCCACAAAGCGCAAGCGCGCGCCGACAACAGCGAAAAUGCCGAAACGCCCCGCUGCAGAAGAGACGUACGAUAGCGAUGGCGGGUUCGUAGAGGAUGCGGAGCCGAAGAGUAAGAAGAGUAAGCACAGCGCAAAUUCUACAUCCAAGACUUCUUCGAAGAAGAAGAAUGUCGCAGGAAGCGCGCCUGCGACUAUGGAAAAAGACAAAGAUGGCGGAGUGUACUGGUCCAUUGCGAAUAAGCGUCGUGUACAAUUGACCGAGUUCAAGGGGACGCUGAUGGUCGGGAUACGAGAGUUUUAUGAGAAGGAUGGGGAGAUGUUGCCGGGGAAGAAAGGGAUUUCGAUGACGUUGGAGCAGUUUGAUGCAGUUUUGGGGGUGUUGCCGGAGUUGGAGAGGGAGGUGAGAAAGAGGGGUGGGAAGGUUAGGAGGGUUAGUGUGGAGGGGGAGGGGGGCGAAAAGGAGGAGGGCGGAGAGGAGGAGGAAGAGAAGGAGAAGGAAGCAGAAGAGGAAGAGGAAGCAGAGGAGCUGCCGAAGAAGACGAAGAACAAGCUGGAGAAGUUCAAGCAUAAGGCGAAGAAUCAUGAGGCUACGAGUGAUGAGGAAGAGGAUUGA